AUGAAAAAGACUCAGACUACACCAGAACCUUCUGAACCCAUUCCACCUCAUUCUGAACCCACAUCAGAACCUUAUGAAACCAUUCCACCUCCUUCUGAACCCAUCUCUGAACCUUCUGAACUCAUACACAAUCCCUCUGAACCCACCUCUGAACCCUCUAAACCCGACCUCACCUUUCCUACCAUUGAUGAGGUUUUUUCCAAGUUCUCAGAGAAUGCUACUUCGAGACUCAGGAAGUUAUUUGAAGAAUCCAGGCUCAGUGACAAUCCUUCUGAAGUAAGGACUCACUGGAACAUAUUUCUCAGGUGGAUGACAUCUGGAGUCUUUAAGCUAAAGGGACUUUCUGAACAAGUCAGAAAUGACUACAUCAGAGGUGCUGAAGAGAGGCUGGAGGCGCGUCUGGCACAUGAAGCUGUAGAAAGGGUUAGGAGAGAAAAUAAAGAAAGAGAUGAUGUUGAAGCUGUUGCUAAGGAGGAAGCUGAGAAAGCUGCCGCUACAGAAGCUGAAACUAAAGCAAAAGCUGAAGCUAAAGAAGUUGCUCGCAAAGCUGUAGAAGAAGCUACAAAGUCAUCUGAGGUUGCUCUGACUCAAUGUGAGUCAUCAAUAUCUGAUCUAGCUCCUCUAGUUCUCAAGACUCUAGAAGAGAUACAGAAAGAAUAA